GCCCCUUUGCAGGCUGUGUUCAUCUCCCCCAGCCCUCUCCCUUCUUUCUUCCUCUCUCCAGCUCGUGCGUAAAAAGCAGGGAGACGCUUUCGGGCACGCUGGGCAGCAGGCACAAACUCCACCUCUUCCUCGGAGAAAUCCUCCUCCUCCUCCUCCUCGGUGGCCCCAUCCUGCUGCCUGCCUGCCUGCCUACCUGCCUCUUCCUCCCCCUGGUGCUAAGGGGGCAAGCCGUGCCAGGGACCCUCCCCAACCAUCUCUGCCGCCCUCUCCUUUCCCGGGCGCCACAGCAGUCGCUUGGGAGCAGGCUGGGAACAAAGUGUGACCCUCUGUAAAACACCAUAUAUGCAGCAGUACUUGGAUGCUUCAAGGCAUGGAUGGGAAGAAAUGCAGCGUAUGGAUGUUCUUGCCUCUUGUCUUGACACUGUUUACCUCAGCAGGACUGUGGAUUGUAUAUUUUAUAGCAGUAGAAGACAGCAAAAUUCUUCCACUAAAUGUGCCGUACAGCCCAUCAAGUUCCCUAAAACCACCAUAUAUAAGUGUUGCAGGUGAUGCCCCUCCUGCAAGCUGUGUGUUUAGCCAAGUCAUGAACAUGGCAGCAUUUCUAGCACUUGUUGUGGCUGUCCUCCGUUUUAUUCAGCUGAAGCCAAAAGUCCUGAACCCAUGGCUCAAUGUGAGCGGCCUGGUAGCUUUAUGCUUGGCCUCCUUUGGAAUGACUUUACUAGGCAAUUUCCAGCUUACCAAUGAUGAAGAGAUACAUAAUGUUGGGACAUCAUUAACCUUUGGAUUCGGCACCCUGGCCUGCUGGAUUCAGUCGGCACUAACACUCAAAAUAAACUUGAAGAACGAAGGGAGAAAAGCUGGGAUCCCACGGGUUGUCUUAUCUGCAGCAAUCACCCUCUGUGUAGUCCUUUAUUUCAUCUUGAUGGCUCAGAAGUUUCACAUGCAUGCAGCACAGAUACAGUGGGGAAUGGUGAUGUGUUUCCUCUGCUACUUUGGCUCAUUUGCUGUGGAGUUCAGGCACUACCGGUUUGAGAUCAUCUGUUCCGAAUACCAAGAAAACUUCCUCAGCUUUUCUGAAAGUCUCUCUGAAGCAUCCGAGUACCAAACAGAUCAGGUGUAACACAGCCUGUUCCUUUUUUGUCAUGGCAUGCUGGAAGGCCUGUAAUUAUAUUCUUGACCCAGAGUUUGGAAAAGUUACUUUUUGGACUAGUCUGCAGAUUCCCAGCCAGCAUGACUAAUGGCCUCAGCUGGACACUUCUGGGACUUGAGGUCUCCCAAAAAUGACAUUUCCAAGCUCUGGAUUGAACUCAAGGUCCCAUUUCUUACCUUUGAAAGUACAGUACUGGUUCAUUUUUCACACAUGUGAUCACAUGCGAGUUGCCAAACAGCUCUCCAAUGGGCAGAACUAGACAAUACCAGAGAGGGCUCUUUGUCCUCAUUUUCUCAGUAUGCAUUUUCCAAUACAGCAUGCAAGGUGAUAACAUUGGACUAGAUAUUUCCCUAGUCCUGACUGUGUAGCACUGCCUAGAAGAAUUGGAUAAAUAUACACAAUCUAACUGCAAGAAAAAGGUAGACAGUAACAUCUGCAGACUCCUAUACAAUAUAGUCCUGGGAUAAGAACAUGUGCCCCUUUGAUGUUGUUAGACUGUAAACUCUACAACCUCCCUCAGCCCUAGUCAUCAUGGUCAGUAAUAAAGUUCAACAACAUCUAAAGGGCCAUAGAUUCCCCAUGUCUGUCCAAUUCCAAUUCAGUGUAAAGUAGCAGGAGUCUUGUGAGUUCCUUUGUAAACAUGUAAAUAAUUUUACAAGAGUGCACUGGCACCUCUUUUUCUAUGGGCUGAUCUGCACAACAGCUUCUCACACUCCACAGUGGAAAUUUGGAACUAGAAACUCAAAAGACCCCUAGAAAGGACAGGUGCCUUAGCUUCCAAUGUGCAUCAAGGAAUCUGGCCACACAGGCUCUGUGUAUCUCUGCAGGCUAGACUUGCUAGGAUGCAACCUGGAGUGUCCUCCUUUACCUUGAAAUCUAUGACUGAAAUGGGGUGGAUGGGUGUGUGUGUGUGGAAGCUGCACUCUUUGGUGCCUAUUUUCCUGAUUCCUUUGCCCUCUCCCUUCCCUUGCCUUUUGGAACUAACAAGAGGUGAGCGUGCCGGUGGUAACUAAAGAACCAGUUCUUGUACCAGUGAGAAAAAACUAUGGCUGCCUACUAAGCAAAGCUUUUCAUAUAAAGGGAUUUCCAGGUUACAAUUUGCUCUGCCCUUUUGCAUUGCCUCCUUACUUUAAAACAGUGUUUCUCAAACUCUGCUCCUCAUGGUGUUGUGGACUUCAGUUCCCAGAAAUUCUAGCCAGUUUACCAGCUGUUAGGAAUUGUGGGAGCUGAAGUCCAAAACAUGUGGAGAGGCAGAGUUUGAGAAACAUUGCUUUAAAAUGUCAGGCAACUUUUAAAAGGCCAGGAGCCCUGCUGGCAACCUUUAAAUCAUCCUGGCCCACUAAAGAACCAGGAUGAGAGGAAGAUGGCCCCUCCAGCUCUUCUCCCUAAACUCAGGGAUAGGGUUACCACUAGUGCCCUCCUGAGAGUGGUGACAUUUUGGUGGUAUGAAGCAAUGGGCCAAACUUGAUCGCUGAAAAACUUGCAGGUUCGGCAGUAGACCUGAAAUGCUUUACCUACAGAUCCAGUAAAGGUAUGAGAAUCUUAUGUUGUACGGCCACCGUACUGACUAUAUUACAGAGUUCUUUUCAGCUAUGCCAUUAUGACAUAGCUGAAUACAACUCUGCAGUAUGGCCAAUAUAGCGAUUACAUUCCCCCUCCUUCUCACUUCAGGCAGAUAAAUGUGCUCUGGAGAAUGGAGGAGACAUUGUAGGGAAAAACUGGGAGUCGGAAAGGGGUCCCAGAGACUGCAGGAAGGAAGAGGAGAAGGCAAAGUCCCAUUGGGCAAACAGGUCUACUCACGUCACAUUGGAUUUAGCCCAAAAUCAGGCAUUAGCUGGCCACAGGUGUUGAACAACAGCCAAGAAUUGCAGGCAGGGUUUAUUGGUCAAUCAUAAACCAAUAAAGUAAGCCUGGCCUGAUUUCUCCUUUUGCCUUGAACAUUUGCCAGGUGUGCAAAAUUCUGGAGCAGAAGCUUUUCAAAGCACAGGGAUAGUUAUGAACAUCUAAUUCAGGAAUAAGAAAUGUCCUGUCAUCCAGAUGUUGUUAGAUGUUCAGCUCCCAGCAGCCCUAACUAGCACAGCCAAUAGUGAGAAAUGCUGGAAGUUGAAGUCCAAUAGCGCCUGGAACACUUCUCUUUUACAGUGUCUACAUUUCAGUUUGCUGCUAAAGGCACAGCCAGAGGCUUGUUAAACAGCUGACAAUGCUAAUAGUGGCAGGUUUCCAAUCCCAGUUGUUGGAACAGGUCUUUAGAAUUAAAAAAUACACAACACCAUCCUGUAUAUCUCGUUUCUGAAUAAUACACAGAUAUGAUUGGUUUUGCACUGUCAGAAGCAAAUGGUUUAUCUCUUUAAAUAUUAGUCUUCUUUCCAAAACAUGCAAAAAAUGGAUUAAUAGCAAAAAUAGCAAUGAGUCAAAAAAGUGGGGACAAAAUCAUAUUUAUAAUAAGUAAACCAGGUCAACACUGCUUUGUUCUUUUCUCAUUUGAUUCAUGAGCACAGACUCCAUGUUUAACGACUGGAUAUAGGAGACUUCUCUAAAAAGUGUAUUUGCUGUGGGCCAUAGUCUGCUGUUCAACAUGCAAUAUUUGAUGUUGAAUGAAAAAGUGAAACAAAAAUAACUUCAGAUUGUAAAGUAUGCAAUGUCUCAGUAGAUAGAAAAAUAUGUAUUGGAGUUAGUAGGAAAGCAGACAUAGGAAAACACGAACCAAAUGUACUUUGUUUUCAGCUUUGGCAAGGAGAGCCUAGAAGAAACAUGCAAUGCAAGUAUUGACUUUAGACACACAAGGACACACAUAGCUCAUAUAGGUUUUUGUUCCAAUGUGUUUUUACUGUAAAUAGUCCACUGUGAAUUUUUUAAAAAUAUAUGUUUAUGUUGUAUCAUUUUAUAUUUUGAAAUUUUAUUGUAAAGGGAGAAAUCACCAUUUGUGAAAGAUUUCCCCCUUGCAACCUAAUAUGCAACCCAAGUUGAAUUUCAAGCUUUUUGGUGAUAUAUUGUGCAUUUCCUAAAAGUAUUUCUUAUGGCACAGCUGACCAAUGAUGAAUACCUGUACACUGAAACAUGACCACUAAAUAAAUUUUGUUUAUGGACAGUA